AAUUUAAUUUAGAUUAAAUCAAAUUAAAUUAAACGGGUGUGAUCACAGCUUUAGCGCAUCUCACAAUGAAUUGGUUCGAUGAGAAUUGACCUGGGGUUAAAUAACUGAGUUAUGUAUUCAAGGGAGAUAACUACUAAUAAUUAAAUUAAGAUCGAAAAUGGCUGAACCCGUUUACAGCAUAUUUGUUGGGGCAGAAAUUGGCUUAUUAAAGGGUGCAAACUGCGAAGAGCGGGCAUGGGGGAACUUAAAUGAGCUUAAUGAGGUGAAGAGGGAGAAUGAAAUUACCUGCAUGUGUUGGCUUAAUCGUAAACAGACUAAAUUCUAUUAUGGACAACAGAACAACAUUAUAACAACUUUUGAUGUAGAAGCUAGUAAAAUAUCUCGGCAAGUCAAGAUGAAUAUUGGAGAGGGAAAAUUUAAAAAUAUACAUCCAUACCAAAAAAAAAUUUUAACAGCGGUAAGCAGUGGUGAUAUUAAGUUAUGGACCAAAAAAGGAAAAAAUGUGUUAAAAAUGUCUGGAGGCGUUGACUUAGCUUGUGUGCAACAGGAUCCAGUACAAACACAUUUAAUUGCCAGUGGAGGCAACGAGAACCCUUUGAAAUUAUGGGACAUUAAUUCUCCUACAAGUCCUAUCUUUGUAUCAAAAAAUGUGUCUGAGGAUUGGUUACGUUUGCGGGUCCCCAUUAUGAUAUCUACAAUUAACUUCAUUCCACAGUCUAGCAAAAUCGUUACUGGUACUGAUUUAUGUAAGAUACGUCUGUAUGAUCCAAGUGCAAAUAAAAGAAAACCUGUCCUUGAUGUCCAGUGUGGUGAUUCUCCAGUAACAGCUCUGGCGGUCAAUCCUUCUGGCAACCAAAUUAUAGUUGGUUCUUCGAAAGGUGAUAUGGUCAGCAUGGAUAUUCGUAAAGGAAAAAUAACUGGUAAAUUCAAAGGUUUUAGUGGUGGAAUUCGCGGUAUCCAAUGUCAUCCAACUCUACCCUAUGUUGCUACUUGUGGGCUUGAUCGUUACCUCCGUGUUUAUAAUGUGGUAUCAAGAGAAAUGAUCUACAGUUUUUAUUUGAAGUCGCGUUUAAACUGCUUGUUGUUUGCCAAAAAGUGGCCAUCAGCUGGGGAAAGCGCCAGCAGCUGUCCGAAUAAUGAAAACUCAACAGUAGACCAAAACGAAGAUGAAAAUGCUCCUGAUGACCUGUGGGAUAAAAUGCCAGUCUUACAAACUGAAAGCACAACGGAAACUCCGAGUGGAAAUGCUAAGAAGAAGCGAAAGUCAAAUAAUGAAUCAAAGUCUUCAAAGAAAAACAAAACUUCAGAAUAAGAAUAUUGAUGUUUGAGGAGAGUAAUAAAGAGAUUUAAUUUUUUUUA